AUGGCCACCAACGGAGCAAAAACGCCCGACGGGCAAAUUUCCACCGAACUACACGACGCCCCCACUUCGAACGAUAAACCGAAAACGCUCGUGGUGAAGGUGCAGAAGACCAGGAAGAUUCCCGAGAGAGAGAAAUGGGGAGGAAGAUUUGACUUCCUGCUUUCCUGUGUUGGAUAUGCAAUAGGUCUGGGGAAUGUGUGGCGCUUUCCGUACCUUUGUGGGAAGAACGGCGGAGGGGCCUUUCUCAUUCCUUAUUUCAUGACACUGAUCUUUGCUGGAAUGCCCAUCUUUCUGCUGGAAUGCUCCUUGGGUCAGUACACCUCUGUCGGUGGGCUCGGCAUCUGGAGGCUGGCACCAAUGUUCAAAGGUGUGGGUCUGGCAGCCGCCGUCCUGUCUUUCUGGCUAAACAUCUAUUACGUCGUCAUUAUUGCUUGGGCCAUUUAUUACUUGUACAAUUCUUUCACAUCAGAACUUCCCUGGCAACGCUGUGGAAAUUCAUGGAAUACGGAGAGGUGCUUCUCAAACUACAGUAUGACCAAUUCAACCAACCUCAGCAGCCCAAUCGUGGAAUUCUGGGAACGGAACAUGCAUCAGUUAACGGACGGGCUGGAUAAACCGGGGCAUAUCCGAGCGCCGCUUGCAGUAACACUGGCUAUCGCCUGGGUUCUUGUCUACUUCUGUAUUUGGAAGGGCGUCAAGUGGACGGGAAAGGUAGUUUACUUUUCUGCAAUCUACCCGUACAUCAUGCUCCUUACCUUGUUUUUCCGUGGAGUGACACUGCCGGGCGCUAAAGAAGGAAUCCUGUUCUACAUCACCCCCGAUUUCAGCCGCCUUUCUGAUUCGGAGGUUUGGCUGGACGCCGCCACGCAGAUAUUUUUCUCCUACGGUCUGGGUCUCGGCUCCCUGGUGGCACUCGGCAGCUACAACACAUUCCACAACAAUAUUUACAGAGACUCGAUCAUUGUCUGCUGUAUAAACUCCACCACCAGUAUGUUCGCUGGGUUUGUCAUCUUCUCCAUCGUUGGCUUCAUGGCCCAUGUAACAAAUAAGCCUAUCGCUGAUGUGGCUGCUUCAGGUCCUGGCCUGGCAUUUUUGGCAUACCCUGAAGCAGUGACACAAUUACCAAUAUCUCCAUUAUGGUCUAUUCUAUUCUUUUCCAUGUUACUUAUGCUGGGAAUCGACAGCCAAUUCUGCACUGUGGAAGGUUUUAUUACUGCCCUGGUGGAUGAGUUUCCCAAACUGUUACGAGGAAGAAGAGAAGUCUUUAUUGCUGUAGUCUGCAUUAUUUCCUACUUGAUAGGACUGUCCAACAUAACCCAGGGUGGUCUGUAUGUCUUUAAGCUUUUUGACUACUACUCUGCUAGUGGAAUGUCUUUGCUCUUUCUUGUUUUCUUUGAGACCGUCUCAAUAUCUUGGUGCUAUGGUGUGAACAGAUUCUUUGGUAACAUUGAAGAGAUGGUUGGCCAUAAACCUUGCCUAUGGUGGAAACUUUGCUGGUCUUUCUUCACUCCAAUUGUCGUGGGGGGUGUGUUUCUCUUCAGUGCAGUUCAAAUGAAACCACUCACAAUGGGGAGUUACGUUUUCCCCAAGUGGGGCCAAGGUGUGGGCUGGUUCAUGGCUCUGUCGUCCAUGAUGCUGAUUCCUGGCUACAUGGGUUAUAUGUUUCUCACUUCAAAGGGCUCUUUGAAACAGCGCCUUCGACUUAUGACUCAACCAACUGAGGACACGAAAUGUCGGGAGAAUGGCCCUGAACAACCAGAGCAUGGCAAUACCCCAAGUGAUGAAGCAUAUAUGUAGAUUAUUUAUUAAGUGUACGAUACUAACACUGCCCAGAAUAUAAAUCUUACAAUGGUUGAUCGAGACCAAGGACUGUAGUUACAUUAUUGUGCACCUACCUCCUAUCACAAAUAUGACCAAUAGUUAAAAGUAAAGGCUAUAAACCUUUGUUGUUGGACAUCAAGUAAAACUCUUAACUCAA